CGAUGCGACGGGGUUCGGGUUCUGUUCGCUAUAUAAGAUCGCGGUCUUGGCCAAACAAAUCAACACAAAUCAUCCACCAACCAACCAAUCAACCAAAACACUCAACAUGAAGUUCUUCAUUGCUUGCCUGCUGUUCGCCGCCUGCCUGGCCGUAGCCCAAUGCAGUGUCAUCCAAGGAGGCGGCUACGCUUCUCUGCCAGUGGCUACCGUGCCACUGGUUCGCACCGUCCCGGUGGUGCGCACCGUACCUGUCAUCCGCCAGGUUCCCGUUGUGCGUACAGUGCCCGUCGUCCGUCAUGUGCCCGUUUACGAGAACGUGGCCGUGGUUCCCUCCGUGGUCCGUGUCGGACAUGGCGCCGUCUACGAUUCACCCCUGGCCUACGGUGGCUGGCUGAAGCAGAAAUAAGUAUAGUGCUGAUAUCUAUGCGACCGCUGACAUAACUGACUCUUGUAUAAAUCAAUUUUGUCCUUUUUUUUUUGUUUAUUAAUAAAUUAUAAUACAUCGAAAAAUGA